AUGACCAUCUGUCCUAAACACAAAAGAGACCUGACAGUCGACUGGAGAGGUCGUAAAAGUUCGACAUGUUGCUAUCCAUCGCACAACGCGUCAACGCAAGCAAGUCAAGGACCCACGCCGUGUCAAUUACGCAAUGUCCAAGGAAAUCUUUGCUUUACACAAUGCUGCUGUCCCAGUUGGGUCCAGUGAGUGUCUCUUAUUACUUUAAAAUCCUUUUGUCGAUGCUACCUGGUAAAUUACGUUUCCCAUAAAUAUCACGAAAGGCUCUAGGCUCUAGGCGUAUCGAGUAUGACUAUUGUAGUGGAAGCGCUGGCAUCAAGUUGCAAAUUUGAAAGCGCUACUAUAUCAACAGAAACGCGGGGGGUCGGGGUAAAUUUUUUUUGGAUGUGCCAUAAAUCAAACAAGGGUGAUCCAUCCUCGGAGACCCAGGGGCAGUCGUCGGGUCGGGAGAAAAGGCGUGACGAAAGUUUUCAAGCACAGACUGACUGCCCCUGGGUCUCCGAGGACGGGGUGAGCAAGCAAGAUACUUUUAUUCAGAACGGAAGCUAGCCUGCGAAGCGCAGACGUAUUUCCGGUCGUCGCUUCUCUCCCUCCGAAAAAUAACGGACAGAGAGAAGCGACGACCGGAAAUACGUCUGCGCUUCGCAGGCUAAACGGAAGCCUUUUUUGCCACAAAAAGUCUUUUCAAGUGUUGUCGUGACAGAAGCUACAGCGUGACACGCCUACCUGAACAGGAACUAUAAACUACAACUGUAAACGUUUUUCAGAUUAUUUUAGAACAGGAAAAUUAAUUCAAAUAAGAAGUAAUCAUUCAUCUCGUGCUAUUUUCUUAAAAUGUUUUUAAGUACUAGUAUUUUUCCACUUCACUGAUGACAAUAUUGAAACUCAAAGUAUAAAAUUUAGCUGUCCCAGAAACUAUGUAUGAAAUUCGAUUUUGAGGGGUUGGAGUAAGAGUCACAUUUUUAAUCUUUAUGUAUUUCAUGUGUAUUAGCUAUUUGUGUAAAGUGUCGUACAGAGCAUUACAGACUACGCCAUGUAGAAGACUCUGA